AUGCCUGGUGAUAGUUGUUGGCCGUCCCUGAAUGACUGGGCACGCUUCAAUACGUCUAUUGGCGGACGACUAGUGGACACUCAACCACUAGGACAGCCCUGUCAUGAUCCCUUCUAUACCGCCAGCGAGUGUAAUGAGCUAAAGCAGCAGUGGACGCAUCCAGAGCUCCACGAUGCAUCCUCCUCUUCCAUAAUGUCAGCCGCCGUGGCCAAUGAAACUUGUGACGCCUUUACUCCCCGGUCAAAACCAUGCACACUGGGUGCGAUGGUGCGCUAUGCGGUCAAUGCCAGCUCUCCAGACGACUUCGUUCAAACCAUCCGAUUCUCCCAGGAACGAAACAUUCGUCUGGUAAUUCGCAACACAGGCCAUGAUUAUGCCGGGAAGUCAACAGGUGCAGGCGCACUAUCCAUUUGGACCCAUUCUCUCAAGGAAAUCGACUUCUUGAACUACACCAGCGCACACUAUACCGGGCCCGCCGUGCGGAUGACCGCCGGCAUUCAGGGAACAGACAUUAACCCGGCCGCUCAUAAGAAAGGGCUGGUGAUCGUGGGCGGGGAAUGUGCUACUGUAGGCCCCGUUGGUGGUUUCACACAAGGAGGGGGCCACUCCGCCUUGAGCUCUCGAUUCGGCCUUGCGGCCGACCAAGUCUUGGAAUGGGAAGUGGUAGAUGGGAUGGGACGAUUGCUGACCGCAUCGCCUACCCAGAACCCGGAUCUGUACUGGGCUCUUAGCGGAGGUGGAGGAGGGACAUUUGGCGUCGUGUACGCCGUGACUGUCAAGACAUUCCCCGACUUUGCCGUCACGGGUGUUGUUCUUCAAUUUGAGAAUAUAGACCCCUCGUCGAACCGUUUCUUUGAAGCGGUAGGACAUUAUCAUCGUCACCUGCCUACAUACACCUCGGCUGGUGGAAUGGCGAUUGCACAAAUUACAAACUCGUCCUUCUUGCUUACACCACUGACACUUCCUGCGUAUACCGCAGCAGCGACCAAGAAGCUGCUCGGGCCGUUUUUGCAGGACCUGCACCAACUGAACAUAUCCUAUACCCUGAACAUCACCGAGUCCGCCUCGUAUUUCCAGCAUUAUAUGAAACUGAUCGAGCCCAACCCGACGCAACUGGUGCAAAAUGCGCAAUAUGGCGGUCGUCUUCUCCCCCUCGAUCUCAUCGAGCGGAAUAACUCGCAGCUUACGGAUGCCGUCCAGAAGCUCACUGCGGAUGGGGUUACAUUCGUGGGAAUUGGUCUGAAUGUCUCGUCAUCUGUGACGGGAGAUAUCUGGAAUUCGGUUUUGCCUGGGUGGCGUACAGCAGCGAUGACUGUGAUUUUGACCACGAGCUGGCCCCUCGGUGCCAACCUCACCAAGAUGAAAAUUCUGGCAGACAAAAUGACGACCAAAUGGGUACCUAUCCUAACAGCUUUGAGUCCAGAGUCAGGGUGUUAUAUGAGCGAGGCCGAUCCCCAACAGCCAGACUGGAAGCAGACCUUUUACGGUCGCAACUACGAUUCACUUUACGCGAUCAAGACGAAAUAUGAUCCACUCCAGACAUUCUAUGCUACAACGGCUGUUGGCAGUGAGGACUGGCAAGUCGAGGCUGGUGGUCGUCUGUGCCAGGCCACCAGAAAGAAUUGA